GGGGUUGGUGGGGAGGCAGGUCUGCACGGGCCCGGGGAGGGGGGAGGCCGUCUCCCGGCACGGGGCGCCUUGCCCACGCUGAAGCCCGUCUUGCAGUCCUGCCUGUCCUCCUGCCACCUGGCCCCUUUCUCCUGGGUGCUGGCAGGACUCUCUGUCUGUGCCAGAUGUGACUGGCGGAAGGCCAGGGCCGUGUCUGCAGCUCAGCAGGGCCCGGGGUGGGCAGCGCGGGGAGCCGAGAGAGACGGAUCCAGAGUGAGGGGGGCCAGGAAGCCACCAGAACACGGUUAUCCAUUCAGCAGUCUCCUAGCCCUUCCCUCCUUGCCAAGUGCCGUUGAAGGCGCCAGGGAAACCGCGGAGAAGGACACGGGCAAACCUCUGCCCUUGGGGUGACAGGAGCUUGGUAAACAAAAGUGUCAGAUGGUGAGGGCCAGACAAGGUGUGGGGAUGGAUUCUGGCAGCCCCGGGGGACACGGGGGGAAGGGGUGGGAGUGCAAGCCCUGCCGAGAAGGUGACAUCUGAGCAAACUCUUGAAGGAUCACAGAGGACGUGCAGCUUCCUGGCAUGGGAGGCGCAGAAUGGACAGAGGGCACAGCCUGUGCAACAGUCCUGGGGCACGACAGCACCUGCUGUGCUGGAGGGACAGAGAGGAGGCCCCUGUGGUGGGAGCAGUGAGGAGGGGACAGGGCAGGUGCCCUGGCAUCAUGGGGGCCCUGGAGCGGACUUGGGCUUUUCCACCAGGGAGCUAGGAGUCCUGAGGGCUAGGGCUGGGGGGGAGGGGGAACCUGACUUGUGUUCCUGGGCGCCCUCUGGAGGAGAGAGUCUGGGCAGGGCAGGAGAACAGGACCAUCUAGAUGGAGAGCUUCCUGCGGACAGUGGAGACCGGGAGCCAGGCCCUGGGCUUCCAGUCUGCGGAGGCCAGCCCCGAGGCUUCCCUGCAUCCAGAGGCCGAGACCCCACAGCCCUCCGGGCUCCAGGGGCCACCCUUCGAAGACGUCCUGGCCGCGAGGUCCUCAGACUGGCUGCGGCAGCCCUCCAGAGCAGGCACCGGGCCCCCCAUGCCGGACAUGCAGUCCCCCUGGGACCCCGAGCCCCGGUUUUGGCAGGACGUUCUGACUGAGCAGCUCUGGCAGAUCUUUACGGGGACCCACAAGAGGGACCAGCGCCGCAGAAUCCCAGCGACAGAGAGGUUGCCAGGCCUGGGGAGCCAGGACGCAGGACCACAGGACUCAGGACUGGAACCACGGAGCGAAGAUGCUUUGGUGCCCAGCCCAUCCGAGCCCUCCCCCAGCUCCCCUGAGGGCUCCGGAGAAGAAAGCGCAGAGCCAGGCCUGCCAGGCCUGGACACUGAGGGGACGCUCUCCCGCCGCGUGGCCCAGGCGCCUGCUGGGAGAGCCUACCGGUUCCUGAAGCCCGUAUGCUGGGACCCUGAGGAUUUCGAGGACACGUGGAAGAGACCAGAUGCCUUGCCCUGGCAAUCCCAGAAGGCAGCCAUCCCGCGCAGAGCGGAGAAGUUGCGGACGCUAAAGCACGGGGAGCCGGUGCUCGCCACGGCCGUCAGCAGCUGCACACGACACGCGUUCACCUGCGGCCGCGGCGGCGUCAAAGUGUGGAGCCUGGUGGGCGGGGGGCUGGAGGACCGGCACCCUGAGACCCACCUGCGUGUACAGGUAGGGGAGGGGCUGGCUCUGGGGCAGAGCUCGUGGGAGCCGGGAGAGCCCCGGCCACCGCAGAGGACGGUCACGUGCCCCCGUGCCGCCCCAGACCCCCCAGGCCUACCUGCGCACCUGCCUGCUGUCACCGACCAGCACGACCCUGCUGACGGGCGGCCACAACCUGGCCGGCGUGAGUGUGUGGGACCUGACCGCGCCCUCCCUGCGUGUGAGCGGCGAGCUGCCCUGCGCAGGCCUCACCUGCCAGGCCCUGGCCUCCGGCCCCGAGGCCACCCUGGCCUUCGCGGGCUUCACCGACGGCACAGUCAGGGUCUGGGACUUGCGAGACCAGAGCAUUGUCAGGGACCUGCCGGGGCCCCCAAACGGAACCAAGAGCAUUGCUGUCAAAGACCAGAACGUCUGGACAGGGGGGCUGGACACCUGCCUGCGGUGCUGGGACCUGAGGACCCCCGGGGAGCCCCUGGAAUACCAAUUCGAGUCUCAGGCAGAGAGGACCAACCCACUUUACAGAUGAGCAGACUGAGGCCCAGAGGUGUGAAGUUGCUCAUCAGGGCCAGGAAGCCAGGAAGCUGGCCGGAGAUAAUGAGCCUGUCCCCCAGUCCCCAGGAAGACUGGGUGCUGGUGGGCACAGCCAGUGGCCAGCAGUGGCUACAGCCCACCCGAGGGGGCCAGAAGCACAUGGUGGGCUGUAAGGACGGCACCAUCCUGGGUCUCAAGUUUUCCCCACUCGGCCAGUGGUGGGUGAGCGUUGGGACGGAUGACCUGGUCAGCAUCUACGGCAUGCCCGGGGGGACCGUGGUGUUCCAGGUGCCCGAGACCUCCUCCAUCCUGUGCUGUGAUGUGUCCCCCAACAACCGCCUGGUCGUCACGGGGUCGGAGGACCACGCCUUGGUGUACCAGAUCACCUACUGAGGGGCCUGGCCCUGUCGUCCUGACUCAGGACCCUUUUUUUUUUUUUUGUCCUUUUCCCCCAACAAGGUGGAGGGGUGGGGGGGGCGGGUCUCUUCCCCACUGCACGGGUAGUAAAGCAAUUGGAAGAA